AUGAUAACAGCAAGUUAUAAUUCAAAAGAUGAUUAUGAUUAUAAAAUUCGUGAUUUAUAUACAUCAAAUUUAUGUUAUUUUUCUGAAUUCAAUGCGUCAAUACCAUUAAAAUUUGUUUAUAUUCCUGUUCAUGAUAUUGGUCAGUCAUAUGUUGAACAAGCACUUGUUGCAUUUACAUUUCAAUCAUUUAUUUCAGUUGAUGAACAAAAAAGAAAUGUUGAUCCUAAUUUUCCAACAGUUGGUAGCUUUGUUAAAGAUUUUAAUACAAUCGAUACAUUAACAGGUUUUAAAUGGCUCGAAAAUAUAUCACAUCAAUUACUUAAUGAUAAAAAAUAUGUUCUUUUUGGUUUUGAAGAAGUUAUGUAAGUUAAACAUUCAAUCUUUCAGAAAAUUUGCAAAUUUUUCUUUAGUGAAUUUAUAUUCUUCUAGGAAAAUAUACCAAUUUAUCGUAGUGAACGAAGUGUAUCUGAAAUUCUUGUCCAAUAUUCAAAUAAAAUAAAAUCUAAUUUGGAUGUUGAUGAAGUAUAUAUUUGUUCGAAAAUAUGUGUUAAUUAUCAUAUAACUGGUGUUAGAGAUGAUAACAUUUUAUUUUGAUGAUAGUUGUGAAAUAACAAUACGUAUAAGUAGAACUGAACCAACAGUUAAAUGGUAUUCAAAAAUAAGAAAAAAUAAAAUACAUAAACAAAAACAGAAGAUAAUCUGAUGAUUGAUGAUGAACAAUUUAGAUAGGAAACUAAACAAGAACUUGAUCAAUUAGCCGAAGUUAUUGUUGAAUAAUUUUUACUAUCGAAAAAAUAGCUUUAUUGAAAGAGAAACAACAGCUAAAUGAACAGCAAACCUUCUUUUGAAUGACAUUCCAAUUGGUAGGUUCUUUUUCUAAAUUUUAUACAUUUGCAAUAUACUUUUUAGUUUAUAUCGAGAAGAGCUUUUCAUUUUUCAUAUAAAACAGAUUAUACGAACAAUCUUAAUGAUUCCAGGAAUAUCAAUCAUUCAAAUUAGAAAAUUUAUUUUAGUACCCAAAAAUAAAAUAUAUCGUCUGAUGUUCAUCAUCAGUAAGAAUAAAGAAAUAAUUUGUUCCACUGGAAAAUCUUAAUUAUUUAAAGAGAAUAGAAGUUCGUACUAAGUGCCAUAUUCUACUCAUAUACGGAAGUUAAUUGCAAACAAAUGAAAAAACUACAAGCCGUAGAGUUAGAUCGUAAUAUACGAAUCACUAAAAUAGUUCAACUAUUAUUUUCGUCAUUUAUAUUUUCACUUUUUAGAAAAUAUAUUGCUGAACACGAAGUAUUUUUAAGAAGAGAACUGUUGUAAAUUAGUUCUAAUAUUCUGGCCUGAGAGUUUCGUAUUGUUAAUGUAAAGAAGUGGUAUUGGUUAUAGAAUAUCUUUAUUAACUGUUGUGUUCACAUUGAAAAGUUCGGAGGGUGUGGAUGUGGGUGUAGAUGUGCAUGUCGGUGUGGGUGUAGGUGUGCAUGUCGGUGUG